CUUUGGUGCCGUAUAAGAUGGCUGAUACUGAGUUCGAAGAAUUUAGAGACCAUUUGGAAACAUUACCACAGCAUAUCAGGGCCCCCACAGCAUGCUACACACUUGUCCAUGAUGUAAUAGUGGAUGACGAGUCUCCAGUUGAAGAUGAAUUGCCGGAAUCCAGCCUAAAAUUGUCGAGAAGUCUGUCAAAGCAGAUUGAAACCACGUCAUCUGAUGAAGAGUUUCUUUACAAGGAAAAUUUCAGAACUCAGACGCCACCUUCUACGGCGAUCCCAGUGACAUUGUUCGACAGAGAUAAUGAUGAAAAAUCCAGCAGUUGGUCAUCUUCUGUGGAUAGCAUCGAGAGUAAAGGCAGAAGAAGGAGAAGAUUGCCGGAAUUGCCGAAAAAGAAUUUCACAACCGAACUACAGCAUCAGCAGCUAGGCAGCAAUCAGCAACAGCAUGAGACGAGGCUGGAUUGGUCAUCGGCCGUAUUUGACAAGACUCGAAGCCAACAGAUUGGCCGACCGAGAAGGCGCCUGCCUAAUGUGCCAAACAGGUGUGUGGAAGGUUCAUCGCUGAGCCUGGCAGAGGAGUUGGGAGACGAAGCACCGCCGAUGCCGAGCGGCGGCCGACCCAGAUCCCUGCUCAUGCUCAAAUGCCACAACUACCUUCGUGAGGAGGACAGCUCUCCUGACGUCGACUCUGGCAACUCCACGGCUCACUCACCCGAUAAUGUCGAAAAAAGUGUUUCACCACACCAUAUACGACGCAAUGAUUCAAUGACUCUGAGUUCAGCGAGCUCAACUAGUUUGCCAUUGACACAGUUGGAGUUGCUGGAAGCGACACACCGCGGCCUCUACAAGUUCGUGCCCCGCCACAGAGAUGAACUGGAGGUAGAGGUCGGAGAUCCACUCUAUGUUCAGAAAGAGGCCGAUGACUUGUGGUGUGAAGGUGUUAAUCUGCGGACUGGACAGCAGGGUAUAUUUCCCUCAGCAUAUGCUGUUGACACGGAGUACAAUGACUUUGAUACUACUGUGCCAAAAGAGAAACGAGAACGAUUUCUGCUGGGAUAUUUGGGCUCGGUGGAGACACUUCGCCAUAAAGGCAAUUCAGUUCUUUGUCAGGCUGUCAAAAAGAUUGUAGGCUCGCAGCAUAAACCGCACUCGUGUAUACUCGAGGUGUCCGACCAGGGACUAAGAAUGGUCGAUAAAAGUAAGCCCAAGGGAAGGAGCAAUCCAUGUCACGAUUAUUUCUAUUCACUAAAAAAUGUCUCAUUUUGUGGAUUUCAUCCCGGUGAUCACAGAUACCUAUGCUUCAUAACCAAACAUCCCCAAAUGCAAAGGUUUGCAUGCCAUGUCUUCCUAGGGUGUGAGUCUACGAGACCUGUUGCUGAGUCUAUCGGCCGAGCUUUCCAGAGAUUCUACACCAAGUUCAUUGAGACUGCUUACCCAAUAGAAGAUAUUUAUAUUGAAUAGAGGGAAUAGCCUACCAAAUUGAAUAACAUCACGAGAGUACCUACAAGGAUAAUAAUUUCUUAAGCGGGCACAGAUGACUACUUAUUUCAUGAAUGGACAACUUUUCUAUGUGAUCCACAAAUACCUUGAUUGUAUUAUUGCCUUAAUGACAAUGUUCUCCUAUAUCAUGUUCUUAUAAGGAAUAAUUCAGUUAAUCCUAUCAAUAGUGUAUUGACUGGAUAAUUAUCGUUCAGUCUUGUACAAAAAAAUUCAAAGACAAUAGUUCUAUUGAAGUAGGAUUAUGAUCAGAAUCAACACAAGUGUUAUUAUAUUGAUAGAUUUUUUCAAAUAGUACGGUUAUAAUCUAACAGUCAAAUGAUUCGUAAUUGGAAUAUUUCCUAAUAAUAAAUAUUCUAGACAAAAUCAAAUUCCCAAAUCUCAUACCAAUCAAUUUUGUGAAGACAAUUUCCUUGUUCUUGGAAUGACGCAUCUACAGAAUUUGUGGCUGGUUGAUUUUUCUAAGUCUAGACUACAGUUUGAAAACAAAAGUACAUUACUGAUAAGCUGAUACUCUCAAUAUGGUUGAUUGCUAUUUUUUAAAUGAAUAAGAAAGGAUAUAGAGCUAGUCAAGACUUUUUCGAUAUUGAUAAAAAUAUUGAAAUUAUAUUAAAUAAUUAUUGAGAAAAA